GCUACGCGUUCCCUCCUCUCCAGUCUGGCUUUGUUUACGGGGGCGAGCGGGCGUUGCACCUCGCGACCCGCCAACGCGCACGCGUGACUAAUUUAAAAAUAAAACUUAUAUUCGCCGCUGUACAUCCUGUACUCCUUGACUAAUUCGUCUCGAAACUUACUCCAAGUAACUCCAAUCUAUCACAGUUUAAUUCAAAACUUACUUUUUGGCAAAACGAAAAAGUUUUGAUUCGCAUUCCUUACCAAGUGUUCUAACUUGUGCUGAUUAUUUGUUCGCGUCUUCGUAAAAACAUAAAAAAAUAAGUUUAUAACGCGAUGCAAGCAACUCUGGCCGCAGUGUAAAUAUUUGAAAACCGAACAUACUUAGAUAAAUAAACAAACCUUUUUAGUGCACACGUGUACCUACAAAUUAUGGAUGUGUAUCCGAAUAAUUAAAUCGUAAAAAAGUAAAAAUGGAUUGGCGCGAAAAACUGUUUGGCAAGGUGUUGGUCAAGUGUGAGUCGGGGACUCAGAAUGGUAAAUUCGAGAAUGUAUCGACAUUAGAAGCUUUGUCAGACUGUGUGGAGGAGGGUGAGGGGGCUGUGUGCGGAAUUUACUUUUCUUUCGCGAAUAUCAGUGAUACAAGUGACGAUUUCGGAGUGCGUUUGGAGGAGGUCUACAAACGUGUGCAUCCUCGCUUGAAGGUCGUGCAGGUGGUGUUGUGGGCCCAUGUUGGCACCCCUGAGGGUCUUGCGGAACGGGAGGCGGGAUUCCGUCGCAGUUUGACCGGCAAGUCAUGGUUCGCUGUGCCCUUCCACGAUGUCGAUACAAAGCGCCGUCUCACCCAGAAGUACAGCAUCGCAGUCGGAGUCCCGACGCUGGUGAUUCGUGGCCGCCACGUGAGGGAUGCUCUGCUGGACGACGCGCUGGGGGAGAAGUUCCCCUGGCCCCCACCACCUCUCACCGAAGUCCUGAGGGGGGUGCAGCUCCAGGGAGAUGGGGAAAGCCGCCUCUAUGAACAGCUGCCUGCUGAUGCUGUCAGGGUGUUCUAUUUUGCGGCUCAUUGGUGUCCACCAUGCCGGUCGUUCUCGCCGAGCCUGUGCGCGGCGCUGGCGGCAGUGCGCAAGCGACGCACCAAGUACGCCAACACGCAGCUCAUACUGGUCUCCAGUGACAGGAGCGAACAAUCCUACAAUCGCACAGUGCAAUCAGUUUCCUCAGUGGGAGCCCUCUCGGUGCCCUGGUCAGCCACAGACGCCCGCCUCACCAUGCCAGCAGCCCUGGGCGUCGCCGGUAUACCUGCCCUCGUCAUCACGGACUCCACUGGCAAGAUCCUCACUGCUAAUGGGAGACAGCAUCUAUCUUCCGAUCCACUUGGCUUUAACUUCCCGUGGGCGCAGCGACCAGUGUCGGUGCUGACCGAGCAGGCGUUGUUGAAAAUGGCGCGACACCCAGCUGUUGUACUUUUUAUUGAUGACGAGGAUUCAGAAAUAGAAUUCGCGGAGUCCGUGAUCACACCGUCCGCGGAGUCUUACUACGAGGAGUGCAGCAUACAGUUUCCAGGGUUCUGUCCAUAUCAGAACUCCUCAGAUGAUGAAACUAUGGACUUUGAUUACCCGACUUCAAGACACUCCCGGCUGAAGAAGAAGCCUUUCAAACAUGUGAUGUUCUACAUCGGUAUCGAUGGGACUGAUAGUGCGGACAUGCUAAGAGAACAUAUAGGUCUCGACGACGCUGUUCCCUUACUCACCUCCAUAGACUUUCCUAAACAGCGUAUGGUAACCAUGAAGUAUGGAGAUGAAAUCACCACAGACUCCGUACAGAAUUUUGUCGAUGCCUACCUGAGCGGGAAUGCUGAUUUCAAGCCUUUGAAGCCGUAUAGUGAGAUAGUGACAUUACACGUUUUUGCGCUGUCAAUGUUCUUACGGGUUCGCGUUCCGCGGCGCCUCGGGAAAGAGCCUGUACCAACACUUUUUAGUUUCCAAAAUUUAUAAUUGCCUAAGUUGUAGCUGCGGACAACGUUUAAAGUUGUGCUCAGUUUGUGGCUAUAGGCCAUACGGCACGGGGUGGUUUUUGACUCAUAAGGUACAUGAGACUCAGAAUUAGUGAAAAUAUGUGGGACAUUUCAUUAUUAGUUAAGUGUAUCUCUGCCCAUCCGUUCGUUGAAUAAAAGGUGCUGAUGUUAUAUUAGUGUGAAUACGAAAUAAAGAGCGCGGCGUGUCUCGGACAUGCCGCCCGGCACUGCCGCGCAGAAGGUUUAAACUAGUCGCGCGGCAAAUUUGUGUCCCGCGAAUGCCGCGCGUAGCUGCCGCGCACUUUGCCACGCCGUGUUUGGACACACCUUAAGUAAACCUGGGUCAGCAAGGUAGUCUCGACAUUAGUAACGACAAAAGUUGGUCGCUAAAUCGUAAAAGAGAUUGACUGUCUUCAAAUUGUUUAAAUACUAUCAAUCUCCUUUCAAUUUUCCACUUUAUUCCAAAACAAUAAGUUGGAAAUUUUAUCAAUUGAAUUUUAUUAAUGUCGAGACUACCGGCCCUGAAUGAAAUAGACAUAAUUACAUACAUUAUUGUAUGAUUGUAUUAAUAUUGUUAUAGAUACUAGUUAUAAAUAAUAAUUUUGGCGUUUCAUAAGGUCUACGUUCAAAAAAAUAAUCAUUUUCUAAACUUAAAAACAUUUAACAAAUCUGCUUUCGAUACAGAAUCGUGUAGUUAUUCAUUCAACUUGUAACAUGUUCAGAUUUUUACCGAAUAAAAUAAAAGUAAUAGAUAUUAA